AUGCUGAGCAAAGUGCAGAGCGACCACGAUUGGUUACUGUGGUCCGACCGUGCGGUCACAGCACCCCUCAGAAAGGUGACGGUGCUGUUGAACCGUAGGGGCGUGGUCUCGUACGAGCAGCUUCUAUUGGACGUCUCCGAGGCGCUGGGCUUCCCUCGCUGGCACAGGGCCAGAGUCACACACCUCUACACACCACACGCACGAGAGGUGCGGGGCGUGUGUGAUUUCUUCCGUGGCGAAGCGGCGUUCCUGGCGUUGGGAAAGUCUCGUCCAGAGCUCCGGAGCGUCAAGGAGGCCCUGGAGGAAAUGUUCCCGCAACAUUCCCGUUACUGUGACGACGCGCUCCGUUACGACCUUCACCUGAUAAAGCUGCCAAGGCCGACAGCGGAUACAGCGAAGGGACGGACACACGGACAAACAGCGAUACACUCACACAGGGAUGCAACCUGGACAGACACACACAUCGCAAAGCACUCCACACACAACAACACAACCAGACAGUCCAUACACCCUACUCACACACUCCUGGACACGGAUGCACACAUACAUACACACCCUAACACACAUUCUAACCGAAACUCCACACACCCCUCUCACCCCCCCAAUCAACUUCAGAGGGUCAGAGUGAAACGCGGAACUAGAGAGAGACUUUCUUCACCGAUAGGUCCACUCACCCAGGAGGAGGAGCAAGGAGAGAUAGACACACUCCCUCCUCCACGCAGCAGGAACUGUAAGCUCUCUGAACAACCCAAUCAGAGAGCAGGGAGGGCUCCACUUCCUCCCGUAACCAGGAAGCAAAUAGGAAACAGACCAAACGACCAGGAAGUAGAGAAACCUCACGUCGGUCCUGCCCGACGCCACACUGGACCAAUCUGUAGGAUUGAGGAGGAGUCCCUCAGCCAAUCAGAACGUUCCUCCUCAGAUUCUAAACAGGAAGAGGCGGGGACUAAACAGAAAGGGAUCUUUGACCUCCCAUCUGACAAUAGUGAUGUCACUCUGUCGGAUAUUGAGCGUUGCUAUGAUAUCAGCCGCACGGUCGGAGACGGGAACUUUGCUGUUGUGCGCGAGUGUCGUCGGCGUGACAAUGGAGAAGCCUUCGCCGUAAAGAUUGUGGAGCGCUCAAAACUGAUUGGCCGAGAGCACAUGAUGCAGAACGAGCUGAGCAUUCUGGGUAGCCUGUCACAUCCCCGCGUGGUGCGUCUCUUCAUACACCACCACACACACACACACUCCUAUCUCGUCAUGGAGAUGGUUACCGGGGGCGACCUGUUCGAGGCGAUUGCGGAGCGUGGGAAGUUUCCGGAAGAGGAGGCGGGGCUGAUGGUGUGUGAUGUCAGUGAGGCUCUGAGAUACAUUCACAGCAAGACCAUAGUACACAGAGACCUGAAACCUGAAAACCUACUGGUGGAGCACAGUAGUGAUGGGGUCCGUAGGUUGAAGCUGGGUGAUUUUGGUCUAGCCAUGGUUGUAACAGAACCCAUCUUCACUGUGUGUGGAACACCCACCUAUGUCGCCCCGGAGAUCCUCUCAGAGACAGGGUAUGGUCUGCCGGUAGACCUGUGGGCUCUGGGGGUGAUAGUCUACAUCCUGCUCUGUGGGUUCCCUCCGUUCCGGAGGAGAGACAGAGACCAAGAGGAGAUGUUCCAGCUGAUCAUAGAGGCUCACCUCACCUUCCUGUCCCCUUACUGGAUCACAUAUCUGACGGUGAGACAUACACAUAUUUAUAGACAUAA